UAGGUGGUGGUUUAAUAAGUCAGUGAGAGCUGGGGCACUGUUAGAGUCACUGCUGAUCGACACAAGGCAGACGAGCGAAACAUGGACUACCAGAUUGGAUUGUGUUUUGUCAACGUUCUGAUUGCUGCCUUCAGCAUACCUGUUUCUACUCGGUUCUACUCUGUUGACUUGGACAGCCAUUCAUUUGAUGAUGCUCAGGAAUUAUGUGCGCGUGAUGGCUCUCUGACUAACAUGCUCACCGAAGAAGAAACUGAAAACAUUCUGAAGGUUAUUGAGAACAAAAGAUACACAAACUUUACUUCAUUCUGGAUUGGACUGCAAAAAGAUAGGGCACAGUGUGUUCAGAAAAAUCUUCCACUUCGGGGUUUCUACUGGACUGUAGAUAACAGCGCUAAAUCUGAUCUUAUGAUGAAUAAAUGGAUAGAAGAUCCAACUGGUACUUGUACAACUGCACUUUGUGGACUACUCUCUGUGGAGUACAGCGACUCUAAAAUUGUGAAGUGGGGAUUAAAAUCAACGGGCUGCACCAAGAAAUUUCCCUUUAUUUGCAAACAUGAAGGAUUGAGUGAGAACAUAGCAUGUUCUUCUAAACCAAAUAUAAUGGGGACUCAUGAAACCUCAGAAAAAAACAACGAUCCAUAUACACUUUGGGUUUCUUGCACAGACGAAUUCACACUGACCUGUUCAAAGAAUACUCGUGAAUGGAAGCUGGUAGGUGGAACUAAGACAGACAUACAAGGACUUUGUCUUGGAUGCAAAACUGGUUACAAAAAAGAUAAAGAUGGAAAUUGUGUGGAUAUAGAUGAAUGUAAGCAAUUGAAAAAUUGUUCAUUCAAUUGUUUUAAUACAGAAGGCUCAUAUAGUUGCAUGUGCACUGAUGAAAUGGACAAUUUUCACAAUGAAGACUCAGAAAUAUGCAAAAAACAAAAGCAAGCGAAAACAUCUAUUUCCAUGUCACCCACUAAUGCCACUAAGAAAGUCCAGGAUGAACCAACCCCUUCUUCCAUGGACAAGACAUCUCCUACUUCAUCUCCAUCAGAUGUUCACAGUACCAUUGGAAGUCAUCUUCAUAUUGAGGACAGCUCUGGAAACUUUAUCAUCCCUUUAAUUAUAGCUUUGCUGAUUUUUGUGGUGCUGGUCGUGAUUAUUGUGGCCAUUGUGAAAUACUGCCUCAUGAGAAGUGCCAGGAAACGGGCAAAGGAAAGGGCAGCAGCCAUGAAAGAAUCAGUUGCUCUGAGUGGAACUGACUCUAUGGAAAACGUGAACGAAUAAGCAGGAUAAGGAUGGGAGUGGAGGGCCGAGUAUUGGAGGCUGCCAUCAGGAAGCCAAUGGCUUUGGCAACGUUCUGCAGGAAAUACUGGAUGGCUGCCUGCUGGAACAGAGACAAGCCCAGAACUGCAUUCUGGACAGAACAGCAUCCAGAAUGGAAUAAAUAUUGGCAAGGUCCUCCAGCAAUGUAUAGUA